UGGAAUCCGAUCGACAAGAAGAAAGCAUUAUGCCGCCACCGACCGUCCACCAACCAAGUAUGCUGUGUGAAUUAUUUGCAAAUUCUUCACAAGGACUUUACACUCCCCAGGUUAAGAAUGACCUUAUACCGAAAAUUAACCAAGAGUUUGACAAUUUAGAGAAAGUUAAGGUAUUUUACAACCGUUAUGCUAAAGAAGGUGGUUUUAGUAUCCGAUCACAUUCUAGUAGAAAAAGUACAGCCGAUGUAAAUGUAAUCGUUAGGAAGGAGUUUUGUUGUUUCAAACAAGGGUUGAAGGUUCAAAAAAGUACUCAACCAAACAAACGGCGUCGGGGGAUAACUAGAGAGAAUUGUCGUGCAAAAUUGGCUAUUGUGAGGAAGGGUGAAAAGUAUGUUGUGUCCCAAUUUUUCGAGGGUCAUAAUCACCCACUUGCGUCUCCGAGGAGGGCACAUUUGCUUCCAUCCCAUCGUAAGGUGUCAGUUGCCAAAAAAGCUUUAAUAGAACAACUGUUAGCAGCAAAUGUGCCAACUUGUCAACAAAUGACUAUAUUUGAGUGGGAAUCGGGAGGUCUUGAAAAUGUUGGUUGCUCAUAACAAGAUUUGUAUAAUUAUAAAAGGGACAAGAAGAUGACGGUAGACGGACAUGACGCCGAUAUGCUGUAUGAGUAUUUUCAAUCUGAAAAAGCAAAGAACGACGGUUUUACUUUUACAAUU